GCGCUUGGCACGGGCCAGCGCUGCGCUGAGUUGCGCGGCUGGGGCGGCCGCUCCCCCCGCUCCCGCCUCCCGCUCCCUCCCCCUCGCCGCGAGCCGAGGCGAGCCGAACGGCCCGGCGCGGCGGCGGCGGGCGGGCAGAGAGUUCCGCGCGCGCAUCGCGGCGAGAGCUCCUCCGUACGAGAAACGACCGACUGCUGCUCCUCAGCCGCCUCCUGCGGCCAUCCCGGUCCGCCCCGCCCCGCCGCGCACGGCACUCCACGCCCCUCAGCGCGGGCGCGAUUUUGUCUCACCGGUCCGGAACACGAGGUAAGAGGCAUCUUUAGUACAUACUUAUCCCUUGCCGGCAACAUUUGGGAUUGGGUCAGUAGCUGUUUCUGGUAGACGCACUUUGUAGUAGUUCCUUGAUUGUCAUCGUUUAGUGGUAAGUUUGUAACUAUAACCAAACAACUGUUCUUGGAAAUUGUAAACCUAUUCAUAAGCAGAAAUAUUUGU